AUGUACGCCCUUCAGGCCAACUAUGCGGGGCAUGUCAUGUCCCCGGAUGACCUGGACGUGGAGGCUCAGUCCAUGACCCUGCCUCCCAAAUCCUUGCAAGACUCCCAGCUGGAAGACGGCCAGAUCGCUCUCGCCCGCCUGCCUGGCUCGGAGAACAACAGUCUCCGCCAAAUCAAUGUGGCUGGCGGUCCCGAAUCCGUAGUGGAAUCCGACAUCCACACUCGGUCCUCGUCUCCCAGUGAUGAAUCUCAGAGCGGUGCAUCAUACAGCCUGCCCAGUGUGAGAUCUCGCAGCAAUGUGACUUCCCGUCCGGAGUCUUUGGGCUCUUUCAGGGGCCACAGCAGCCAGAAUUAUGAGGAUAAUGUGCCGCAACAGUUCGUUGUUCCUCAUGAGGCAGGCAUGUUUCUCAAGGCACAUUACCGGGACUCGGAUCUCUCUUCAAAUAUAGAUGAAGAGGCUGGUCCAGCCUUCCACCCCCGUACGACAAAGCAUCGGGAGUGGAUUACGCCGAAGCCUUGGAUGGAUCACAUCCCUACCAAGGUGACCAUCGAGGAUGAGAUCUCAGAGGAUGGAGUAACUCCAUCGUCGGAGGCUCAAGUGCAAGAGUCCCGUGCUAGGGGGUACAGCACCUCUCCGGCACACUAUGCGGACAAUUCCGAUGGUGGUCCCGCCUUCGAGGAAUGGAUGGACAUGGUCACCACAGUCACGCCAAAGGCAAGACCCGAAGACAAUCCCAAAAAUAGGAAGAGAGGGCGACGCACCAUUGUGGCACAGAAGCAUCUGAUGCAAGCUGCCAUCAUCGCCGUGAAUGGUCUCUGCAUCUUCAGUACGUGGUGGUGGUCAAGAUACUAUUACAUUCUCUUGCCCUUCAUUACCGCCACAGUGGCCCUGAACAUCUUCAUGAUUGUCUCCAUCGUCUUCAAUGUGAUAAGGCGGCGCAUCUCCCCAGAGAAAGAGAUCAUCCAAGAAAAGCCCGAAUCGCUGGUGAUGGUUAUUCCCUGUUACAACGAAACACAAGAAGAGAUGGUGAAGUCGUUGAACUCACUCAUCUCCCAAAAGAAUAUCGAUCAACACCCGCGCGCCAUCAUGAUCAUCUGUGACGGCAAAGUUCGCGGCCCCGGGAUGGACAAAACGACCGCAGAUUAUCUCUUUGAGGAUAUUCUUGUCCAGAAGGACUAUCGAAUCCGCGUCCCCGCGGCUUACUUGGCCUGGGACCAGCAGUUUAUGGACAUCGAGAUUCAGAAAGGGACAUAUCAAGGGAUUCCUUACUUCUGCAUCGUCAAGCAGCAGAAUCAAGGGAAACGCGACAGUCUCAUUGUGAUCCGUUCAUUCUUAUACAACUUCAACGUUCGUUUGGAGCGGCCAGAGACUAUCUUCACUUCUACUUUCUUCGCUCACAUGGCUUCUUUUAUCAACGAGGCAGGAAUUGAUCGGGUUGACCAUCUCAUCGGGAUGGAUGCUGACACGGUUUUUGACGAUGAUUGUAUCAAUGAGCUUCUCUUACAAUCCCGCUUUGAGCACGUCGUUGGUGUCUGUGGUUACGUCGCCGUGGAUUGGAAAGACGGCAACUUCAAUCCGUGGCGCCUUUACCAGUCUGCCGAAUAUACCAUUGCACAGGGUCUGCGCCGUCUUCACCAGUCGGUGGCAACACACAAGGUGUCAUGUCUACCCGGGUGCUGCCAGCUGCUCAAGAUCUGCGAGGAGACUUGUGGUCCGGAGGUUCUAAUCGAGAAAUUCGGUUACUGUCCAACCCUGACCGACGGCAUUCUCACUCAGAUCCGUGCCACCGCCAGCGAAGAUCGUAACCACGUCUGCCAUAUGCUCUCUGCAAGACCCAAAGUGCAGACCCGUCAGGCACUGAAAGCGAAAGCUUAUACAGAUGUUCCUGGGUCUUGGUCGGUGUUCUUGUCGCAGCGCCGACGAUGGACUCUGGGUGCCACGUCCAAUGAUCUGUUCCUUGCUACCGCCCCAGGUGUACAGUGGUUCGAGCGCAUUCUCGCCGUGGUCAACGUCUCCACUUGGUUCCUGAACCUGUUUAUUUUCGGUAGUGUGGCAAGUUUCAUUGUCGCAGCUAUGAGUGUCGCUCCUGCUAUCCUGAUGGCCUUUGUCUCGGUAAUGCUGGUCCCUGUAGUCUAUUACUUGUGCAUUCCUCUCUGGUUGUGCUCCAAAUGGCUGGACCGAAUUCAGUUCUGGCUUGGAUGCUUGAUGUACAUGUUCUGCGGCCCCUUCCUGAACAUAUCUGUCCUGGUGUAUGCCUGUAUAUACAUGGACUCUUUCGGCUGGGGAAAGACUCGGAAAGUUAUUACAGAAGGCGAGCCCGAAGAACCGAGUCAGCAGCAGGUACAACUUCACGGUCAUGAUGCUACGUUUGGGGAAGCAAAGUCGGUGUCUAUUUCGCUCGCCAAACCUUCGCGGGCUGUCAUUGCCACCGCCCGAUCUUGA